GAAGAAUCAGAUGGGUUUGACUACCCCGAGGGUGUUCCAGUAAGAUAUAUUACCCAUGGGCUCAUACACUAUGACUGUGAACCCAAGUAUUCAAUUUAUCCUAAUCCUACUUUGGUCAAGCUCUAUGCUAAGAUGGGGAUUCACAGAUACAAUUUGUUGGAGGGGACCAACUGGAAGUUCUCUAAGCUAAAGAGUUUCAACACGAGAAUGAACUGUGGUGCUGCCCCUUAUUACAUCACCUUGGCUGCAUACCUUCAAUCUAGUGAUUUGCGACAAAAUGUGCAAGUUAGUGAAAAGGAUCUUGGGGUUUUAGAUCUUACUUGCUCUAUUGCUAGACCUCGAGUGACUAACUCGUGUUCUUCAACAACUGAUGAGAAGGUGCCUUUCCAAGUGUCUACUAGGCUGCCCCAUUGGCCAUCGUCUUUCAAUGAUCCAAACCGUUUCUGCUUGGUGGAUUUAUCUCAUGUGUCAUACUAUGACUGGAUCAAUUUGUAUUUGGAGCUUGCAUAUUGUGCUUACGAUAGGGGUAUUACUGAUUGCCAUCUUUCCAAGUUUAACUUGAAGAUUGUGCAAGUUGCAGUAGAAUCUCCCGAUGGUUUUCAGCCUCCCCUCAUCGACUCCAAAACUGCUGUUGUGUACAUAGUCUAUAAAGACUUGAACAAGGCUUGUGAUUGCAAAGCCAUUUUUAGGCGCCUAUAUGAUGAGGCUACAGGACGUUUUAGUCUCAAGGGCAAGUAUUGGUGUGAAGGAAAAAGCUUCUAA